AUGUCGACCAAGAAAUCCCUGGCAUUUUCUAUUGACAGUAUUAUGAAUAGGACUUCCACACAUGCCCCCAGUGUGAACUCGAACCCUACUCUUCCAGCAUGCCCUGUUCCCACGCCUCCUGCAAGCGACAUCCAAGCGGUAGAUCCUGCCAGAUCAUUCAGCCCAGGACCAACCUCAAAUUCUACCAACGACGUUAGUAACGGCUGCUCGAGGAGUUUGGACAAGGACGAUUGUGUUUCACAGACAAUUCGUUCUUCCUCCUUGGUUUUAAAGACAACGCCAAGCAGCCAAUGUAGAGUACCAACGCCAGAAUCCCUGGACACCGCAAACUUGUCCUCAAGCCCCAAGAGAUCGUCUCAUUCAAACCUUGGGAGAGACGCCAGAGUUCACUCACCAGCGUAUGCAUCGUCCACUCGCCAGGGUCAGCUCCGUUCUCCAAGAUCUCACGACUUCCACAGAUCCCUGAGUCUGUCGUCUUCAAUCUCUGCCCAGGAUGCAAGCAAUCAAGCCUUUAUGCAUUACAUCAGAGAGGGCUAUGAGGGGUUUCAUGACCCAGCUACUGCACAGUCAAUGCUGAAUGCUUUCCCUAACGGCUUUAACGGGAUCAACCCUAGCCUUUCUCGAGAUUUCAGAGACUUGAACCAAGUCUACCCGUUCUUCCACCCAGCUUUCAUUGGGUCUAUACCCAGGGGUAACUCUAUGGACGAAUUUCAUGCUCAAAUUAUCAAGAGUUAUCCCUGGGUAAACUCCGGGAUUUUAACACAAGUCAACAUGGGGCAUAUAGGCAACGCUCCGACCAACCUGUUUGAAAGUCUAAAACAUACGCAUCUAAUUCAAAACACGCUAAGACAAUCAACAAACAACAACAGCAGCAAUAUAAAUUAUAACAACGCUAUCAAUAGCCGCAUACCUCAAGGGCAAGACGAUACACUUAUGCUCAAGUAUGGACUUAAUGUGAACGAUCUUCCAUGCAAGUCAAUGAACCUGGCGUCUCGCAACCUUACCAACAGAAAUCUAGUUUUGAGUCCCCAGGAAAAGCGAGGAGUUUCUUAUGAUUGUCAAAACUCUGAUUCCAGCCACAUGAUUUCAGUUAAGACAGAGGGCAGUAUCAAUGAGGAUGAUGAUGACGACGAUGAUGAAGAUGAACAAUGCGUCGACUUGUCUUCCCCGAACAGCUCCUGUGCCACCAGCAGUGUAGAUGACUCCAAAUCUAAAAAGCUCAUUGGAAAGUCGCAGAAGACCUUCACCUGCCCUGAAUGUGGGAAGGUGUUCAACGCGCACUACAAUCUGACAAGACACAUGCCGGUGCAUACAGGAGCUCGUCCUUUUGUUUGCAAAGUGUGUGGCAAAGGCUUUCGACAAGCCAGCACGCUGUGUCGACACAAGAUCAUUCACACUUCAGAGAAACCACACAAGUGCGGGACUUGCGGGAAAGCGUUCAACCGCAGUUCCACGCUAAACACACACAUGCGAAUACACCAAGGCUACAAACCGUACGUGUGCGAGUUCUGCGGCAAGGGCUUUCAUCAAAAGGGCAAUUACAAAAACCACAAGUUAACCCACAGUGCAGAAAAACAGUAUAAAUGUAGUGUAUGUUCAAAGGCUUUUCAUCAAGUAUAUAAUUUAACUUUCCAUAUGCACACACAUAACGAUAAAAAGCCGUAUACGUGUCAUGUCUGCGGCAAAGGAUUUUGCCGGAACUUUGACCUCAAGAAGCACAUGAGAAAGCUGCACGACGGGAAUCAGAUGAGCAGCCUCGGUAACUCCUCCGACCAACUGAGUCCACAACCGGCUUCAUCUGGACGUUCUAACAUUUCUGCAGCUCAUGGACAUCUUUUUUCGGGACAAGGGGGAUUCGGUCCUUCUGCCUUUCUGGCUCGACCUCCGAUUUUUGCUCAUCACCAAGCAAUGGCUUGUCAGAGGCGUAUCCUGUCUCCUUAUCUAGUGGGGCCCAACACUGCCAGCCUCUUGCACAAAAUAUCCUCAAUAAUUUAA